AUGGCUAAGGCUUGCUGGAUCACCAGGCCCAGCCGGCCAGACGUGAAGUGCAGCGAAUGUGACGGCUACCACAGCUACCACAGGCCUCCGUGUCGGCCGUGGAUUUCACAGGGCGCGCUGCGCUUCACUGGGCAACGGCGCAAGGAUGGCAGGCGCAUCGCAUUGCAUGGACAGGAAAUCGUGAAUCAACUGCUGUUGAAGCGCGCGCUGCUAGACGCACAGGAUAGACGCGGUUGGUCGCCCAUGCUAUUGGCCUCGCAGGCACGGUCGGCGGGCCACUUUGGUGUCUUGAAGAGACUGCUGGAGGCCGAGGCCGCGCUGGAGACGAAAGGCCUGGAUGGUGAGACUGCGUUGAUGCUGGCUGCACUCAACGGGCACGUGGAGGUCCUGCGACUCCUCGUUGCCCGGCGUGCCAACCUGGAGGCCCGUGCAAACGACGGCCUCACACCGCUGAAGCUGGCGGCAGAAGCUGGCAAUGUCGAGGCGGUGGAACUGCUGGUCGCACUGGGUGCUGAGGUGCCACUCGAAGGCGUGGCCAUCGCAGAGGCUGCUGUCGCCCUGCCAAGCCAGGACUCGAAGGGCCGCUCCGCUGAUGACGGCCUGUCCUUGACGACGAGGCUGGCGGAGCAGCUUGCUGAAGAGCUCAUCUCAACGGAUGACUGCCAUGAUACGGCGAGGCGGUGGGGUUUUGACCCCAAUGCGGGUUUGCGCUUGCUAAAAGCCGUUGCCGCUGCUGGGGUGGACACGGCGAAGCUGAAGGACCGUCUAGUGGAACUCGGACUGGUUCAGGAUCCAGAACAUGAUGGGAUCUUCGAUUGGGACGUCAUGGCACCCGCAGAGUCGAAGCAAGCAAAGGACGCACAAGGUGUCGAGGCUUCGAACCAGAAGGCCUCUGAAAAUUCGUGGACGUUGGUCUGGAUCUCGGACCAGGCCUUCAAGCCAACGGCGGUGAGCCUGAAAACACAGCUCGAAGGGCUGGGCUGUCAGGUCAAAGGAUACAAAACCCACAAGAAUGCCGCCAGGGCGUUGGACAAGAAGCGCGCCCUGGUGCGAACCGUGGUCAUGGUUACAGGUGCUGAAGCACCUCCCUUCUUGCAGUACAUAGCUUCGAGACCUGAACUGGCUUCAACUCCAGUUGUUGUUGAGGCGACCUCAAGAUCGAUCCCAGUGCGAGAAAGCCCAACCGUUCAGGUCUGUGACAGUUUCGAUGCCGCUGCCAAUGCUGUUUGGAAGGUGGCACACGAGCCAGGUUUCGCUUGA